AGAGAGUGAGAGAGAGGGAGAUAAAGAGACAUGGCCGCUGUUCACUGCCUAUCUUCUUGCUUGGCUCUUCCUUGUAAGCCUAGAAACUUAUCAUUGAGGAAUUCGGCUCUUACUCGGGUGAACCAAACCACUUUUCCGUCCCUCAGUUUCUCAACAAAUCUAUCAGACAAUUCCUUCUGUGGAGGGAGAUUAUCAACGAGGAGUGUCGAUAGACCUGCUCGCCACUCUGUUGUUUGCGAAGCGGCUCCAAAGAAAAAAGCCGAUUCCGCAGAGAAGAGAGCUCGCCAAGCUGAGAAGAGGCGCAUCUAUAACAAAGCUCGGAAAUCAGAGCUUAGAACCCGGAUGAAGAAGGUGUUUGAGGCUCUAGAUGUGCUAAAAAAGAAGAGUGAUGCACAGUUUGAGGAAAUUCUUCCAGUAGAGAAACUGAUAGCUGAGGCCUACUCAUCCAUUGACAAGGCAGUGAAGGUUGGAACUCUGCACAGGAACACGGGAGCCCACAGGAAGUCUCGGCUUGCUAGAAGAAAGAAGACCGUGGAGAUACACCAUGGCUGGUACACUUCUGCUCCUGCUGAAACUGCCUGAAGAAGUGCAGUAAGGGUUGUCACUAGUUUUGUCAAAGUUGCCUGUAUUUUACCUUUUUUAAACAAUUUUUUUUUGGGGUUCCAUGCACUUUCUAUAUACAUCCUUUUGUCCCAGAUCAUAAUUCCUUGCCAUAAUUCACUUGACUAUUAUUUGA